AUGAAAAAUAAAGAAUUUUUUUUAAGAAAUAAAAUAGAAAAAGAAUCUAUUGCAUUAUUUAAAAAAAAUUUAUUAAAGGAAAGCUAUAAUUGGUUUAAAGAUACAGAUUAUUUUGUAAAAUUAAAAAAUGAGAAUAAAUAUUCUAAUAUAGAAAAUAAAACAGAAACAAAAAAUCUAGUAACAGGAAGAGUACAAUUGGGAUGGGGAGGAACAUUUUUCUUAUUAUGCUGUGUUGUUGUAAUAUGUGAUAACUCUGCAUGGCAAUCCUGUAACCACUAUAUUGAUAGUAUAUUUUAUUCUCCAGAAUCUUUAACUCUUGUCUAUUCAUUUCUUUUUAUUGUUUAUGUAUUUCCGUUAUUUAUUUUUCAUCAAUGUUUAGGUUUAGUUUCACAAGGUAAUUAUGUUAAAUCUUGUAGAAUGCUUUCAUCACAUUUAGGUAUUUUAAGUAUAUUUUCUUUGUUUGGAACUAUAACAUUUUGUUCAAAAGAAAUUUGUAAUUUUUCAAUUGAACUACUACAAAAUUUUUUAAGAUUAUUUAAUAGUUCUACAGAAAAAAAAUAUGGAAUGACAAAAAUAUUUAUUGAUUUAACAAAUAAAAAGAAAGAUUGUUCUACCAUUCCAGAUACCAUAUAUGUUGAAUCUUUAAAUCAAUGUAUUUCUUUUAGUGAUAAAUUAAUUGUAAAUUUUUAUGAAAGUUUAUGGUUUAUAGGAAAUAAAGACAAUUAUAUUUAUUUAAUUAUCAUUUCUACAAUAUUUAUACUUUUUUGCUAUUUCAUCUUAUUAAAAGAGAAUUUCAGAGUUUUCAAAUUUUUCAUUUUUGUGAUAAUAAUUAAUUGGAUAACUACGAAAUCAGUUGUUAUUAUGAAUACUUUUUUUUCUUACAUUCCUCAGCGAAAAAAAAUAUAUGAAGAAAUAGUACUUAUAUUUAAAGAGGUGGGUUUUGUAAAAUUAACAAUUUUUUUAUAUGGUACUGUGGCAAGAAGUUCCUCUAUUUUUAUUUUAAGUACAUUCGCUUCUUACUUUCAUACUAAUACAAAUAUAUUGAAAAUCAGUAUUUAUACUUUUGCAUUUUAUAUUUUAAAUAUGUAUUUCUACUUAAAAAAUGAAGCACAUGAAUAUUUUUUGUAUAAUCAGAAUUUAGGUAAUAAUUCUGAGUUUAAUUUCAUUAAAUGCAACACUUAUAUAAAUUUGCUAAAUGAAUUAAAUAAUAAAACAAAUCGAAUUACUAGUACACCAUCGAAAGAUGUAUAUGUGGUUUGGCAAAAAUUAUGUUUAUUUUUUAGCUCAUAUUCAUUUCUAUUUUCCACAUUAUUUAUAGUAUUAAUGCAAUUAUUAGGACCUUUUAAUAUUUUAAGUGAAACACAUUAUAAAAAUGAGUAUGAUAAUGAAAGAAAAAUAUAUUCCUACAAAUCACUUGUUAAAAAAUAUGAAAAAUAUGAUUUAAAGCAUUCUACCUCCAACAAUAGAAUAUCAUCUAAAAGAAAAAGUGUAUCUAAUGAAACUUUUAAAAAUAAAAAAAAAUUCUUUUUAAAUUUAGAUAUUUUUAAAAAAAAAAAAAAAAAAGUUACAGAACAAAAAAGUUAUUUGGAAGAACAAAAUUCCCAUAAAACUAAAAGCUUUAAGGAAACGAAAUCAAAUAAAGAAAGUUCUUUUAUUUCUAGAAAAAACAGUUUAUUUUUUAAUGAAAAUUCAAAAAGCCAUUUAUUAUCUGAUUUUGUAAGAAGAGGUAGAAAUUUCUCAUAUAAUGAAGGGGACUAUGAUAAAAUGAAUUUACAUUUUGAAGAAAGUUCUUUAGGAAAUAGCAUUGAUAUAAAAAGUAAUUGUGAUAAUAAUAAAACAGAAAGUAAAAAUAUAAAAAGUGAUAAAAUUUCCAUUGAAAAUAAUUCAGAUUGUUCUAAAGAAAGUUUAAGUAAUGAAUCAAAAGAAAAAAGUAUAUAUAAUUUUAUGAGAAUCAAACAAAAUAGUAAUUACAGUAGUAAUAGGGAAAAAAAAAAAAAAAUUAACACAAGUAAAACAUAUAAUGAAAAUUCAGUAAUAACAAAUGCUGAAAGAAAAAAAAAAAAAAAAAAAAGCAAAACAAAGAAAAAAGAAGAAAAUCGUAUAGCUAUUUCAAAAUUUAUGUCAAAAUUAAAUUACAUAAUAAUGAAAAAAUAUGGAACUUUUAUAUUAUUUUUUAUAAUUUAUAUAUUUACUAUACUACACAUAGUAGACUUUAAAAGGAAUAAUAAUAUUGUUAGUGAAAUUAUUUUAUAUUCCUUGUACAGAAGUUUUUUAAUUUUUAUUAUCUGUGUUCAGAUAAUUUAUUCCUCAUGGAUAUUUGGAAUAAGAUUGCAAAUGAGUCAGUGUGGGGUUUUAGCAUGUUCUCUUAACUUUAUUACAUGGAUUGUAGUAUUACCAACUUUAUAUUUAAUAUAUUUUAAAAAGAAAUUAUGGAUAAACAUCUUAAUUGUUGGUGUUCUUUUGAAUAUAAUAUCAAUUAUAACAUCCUAUAUAGAAGUAAAGAAAAAAUUAAAAGUGCGAGAAUCAAAUGGAAUAAAUGAGUGCAAUAAAUUACUAAUUGAAUAUAGCAAAUUUUCUAUAUUAAAAAAAUGCUUAUAUUGGUUAUAUUUUGGUAACCUUGAAAUUUUAAGAAAAAAUAUUAACAUAGCUAUAUCGGGAAAUGAAGAAAAAUAUAUUCCUUUUUUUUGGAAUUUUUUGUUUAAAUAUAUAAACUCUUCAAUGUUGAUAAUUGUAAUUAUCAGAAAUACAAAAGAGUACUUUAUUGAUAUGCUUGAUGUUUUUGAGAAAACCUUUAGUUUACAAAUAGAAUUAAUUUCAAUUUUUAUGGUUUUAUUAGGGUCUUUUAUUGUUCUUCUUAAUAACCUUUAUAAAGAUUAUUAUAAACCACAAAAUGUUAUAAUUCCAUCUAUACCUAUGGUUUGCCAUAAUAAAAAGAGAUAUAUUUUUCCAGAUUAA